UGACAUUGAAGCGUUGAUUUGUUGAGAAGACAGUGGGGCCUGCGACAAGCUCUCGAUUACAUUAGAGGUUCAACCUCUGGGAGCAACGAUCACACACAGUGCAUACAUUCGGCGGCGGUUGGCUCAAGUCGUGCCUCCCCUCCCCCUCUCCUCCUCCCCAAUGCCGCGGGCCGGCGUUGCCCUUUCCCCCCUCGCGCCAGACGCGCUCAGGGCGCCUGCGGGCGGCGGUGCCGCCGCUGACGCUGGGCACGCCGCCGCGACUGGACCGCCCAGCCGUGAGGCGCCAGCUGCGCUUAGGGCGCCAGGAGUGCCCAGCGGUGGCGGUGGCAACGCGGGGCAUGCCGCCGCGGAUAGGCAGCCAAGCUCCGGGGCGCAAGUGGAUCCCCAGGCAGCAGAGAGCCUUGCGCCGCGUCGGCGACGUGUGGCAAAAACUGCCGAGGCAGGCGGGGCCGCUGACGACCAGCGGCCUCCGGCUGCCCAGCCAGGGCUGGGCGGGGCCUCGGGCGGCGGCAGCCAGAAGGAUCUGGAGGAGUCCAAGGACGCAAGGCGCCAAAGGCUGCUGAAGGCCCCAGCCGAGGAACUCAAGACCACGCUCAGGGAACUGGACCUGACAACGUGGGGCCGAAGGGACGAGCUGGUGGCGCGGCUGGAGCGGAGGCUCGACAACCUACCGCCCCUGCCGGGCGACGACCGGAAGCAGCCGUCCAAGCUGGCCAAGCAGGCCAAGAGGAAGGCUUUUGCGGAAGACCCCGCGGAGGCGAGCGCCGAGGCGGGGAUCCUCGCGCAAGGUACGAGUGCGGACGCCGAGGGCGUCCCAGCGGCGGCGGCGAAGGCCCAGGCAGCGCCAGAGGCGCUCCCCGUGGGCGCCAGGGAAGAGGAGGUGCGCCCCCACAAGCAGGCGAAGAGGAUGAAGAAGGAGAAGGACAAGGACCGCGACAAACACCGGGACAAGCUGCAGGAGGGAAAGCAGGGUGCCGUCGCCCAGGAGGGCGUCGCAGCCGACCCGCAGCAGCAGGCCGCCGCAGAAGCGGCCGCCUCGAGCAGGGCCCCGGAGCUCCUGCGCGAGGCGUUGGCUACGAGCCGCGAGCGCGAGGCCGCCGCGCUGCUCGUGAACGAGCCCAUGCCAGGCGAGGGGGAGCCGGGCGCGCACGUGGCGGCGCUGCGCGCGGCCGAGGCCGAGCUUCUGACGGCCGACGGUGGAAUUUGGUUGCGGCUGCUCAGCGAGGUGGGCGGCGCGCAUGUCGAGGUCAGCGACGGCAGACCUGGACGGCGGGGGGCCGCCGCGCCUUGCGAUGACGGCGCCCUGCUGGAGGCCACUUCCACCGCCGUCGCGGUGGCCGCGGCAGGUGUCGCUGACGAGGUCGGCGGUGCCGAGGGGACCGCGUUGUGCCACACAGGUGGCGCCGCGGCCCGCGAAGCGCUGGCCUUGGAGGACACGGCGCCGACGGCGCCAGCGUCGCUGCUCGCUACCCCGCCCGCGGACCUCGGCUUCGGCUGCAGGACGGGCGUUCUGAGGUCGAGCGCCGCCCAUGCCAGCGCCCCACCGCAGAAGGCCGAGAGCUGGCAGAGGCACGACGGGCAGGAGUGGCGCGACAACCCGGACAUCGCGGUCGCCGAGCUCGCCGCGGGCCUCCACGUGAAGGUCGGCGGCCUGCCGCAGCGGCCCCUGCGGCGGGCCAAUGGGCGUUUCGGCCGCGUCCUGGCGCCGGCGGAGGGCGGCCUCUGGCAGGUGCGGCUCGCCGACGGCACCGAGGAGGCCUUGCCGGUCGAAGCCCUCACUCCGCGCGCCGUGGAGGCCGCGGAGGUCUGGAUCCGGCCGGCGGAGCAAGGCGCCGGGGCAGACCUGGAUCCCCUCUGGAGCCGUGCGUGGGUCGAGCGGCUGAUGCGGGCGCUGUUGUCGGCUCUGGAAGGGAGGCCCCUCCCUUGGGAGAGCGCGCCCGAGCGCGGCCACGGCCUGGGCCCCAACCGCGUCGCCGUCCCCACCGCGGCGCUGCCGCUGUUCGGCCUCCAGCGGCUGAAGCAGCUGAUGGAGGAGCACGGUGUCAUCGUCGUGUUCGCGCUUGGAGGCCGCGUCGCCGCGGGCACGCCUCCAGGCGCGGCCCCCGGGACACCCGACGAGCCCCCGCCCUGCAUGGGCACGGCCACGCCAGCUGGUCCGGUCGAGGCGGCCGGGACGCCGCCGCUGCCCGCGGCCGCGGGCACUCCUCCGGGUGCGCCUGCCAGCCCCCCGAUGGGCAGAGGGGCCGCGGCCCUGAAGGCGCUGCUCCCCAGCGCUGCGCCCAGGCACGCGCCGGCCACCCCAGAGGCGAUCAGGCGCGUUGGCGCAGCAGACGGCGCAGGAUCACCCACGCCGCGAAGUCAGCGCACACACCUGCUGGUGUAUGGCACGGCCACCCGCAGGCGCGCUUGCCACGUGAAGGUGGCCGCGCUCAUAGAGGAGCAGGCCAUGAGCACCCGCGGCACUGCCUUCAGCGCAACGGCGUCCCGCGACGCCGAGGAAGAGGAGGAAGACGAGGAAGAGAGCCAGGGCGAUCCGUGGGGUGUCACCAGGUUCCCAGAGAGCGCCGUGGAGAGCCUGGCCGCGGAGAUGGCCCGGCGGCGGCGGCAGCUCUGCUGUGACGCCACCGGGGCGGUGGCGGGGAACGCUCCGCACUGUUCGCUGAUCACCGGCAGCCGCUCGCAGCGGCGGGCCGCUGUGGCGUUGCUGAGCCUGCUCCGCACUGCUGCGCACAUAGGCAUCGGCGCUAUGGCCAUCGAUUCGGUGCCGCAGGAGCUGGGACCGCUGUGCCUCCGCGUCCGGCAGCCCGAGGCGGCCAUAGAGGCCGCGGUGAGGAUGUUCGCGCGGCAGGAGUGGCCCGUUUUCUCCUUCUGGACUCCGCCCCCGGAGCAUCCACCGCUGGAGCGGCAGCUGCACCAGCCGGCAAUCGGUGAGGCACUGGAAGCAAAGUACGAGGCCGAGUGGUACAACGGCACCGUCACGAGCGUCGAUGGCUUGCACCUCGGGACGGCGACUAUCGAAUGGGAGUUCGAUGGCAGCAGCUCGGAGGUGCCCCUGGCGGAUCUACGGGCCAGGCUCCCCAAGGCCAAGCGGCAGCGGCUGAGCCGCCUGCGUGGCGCCUGGACGCUGACGGUUUUCGGCCUCCAGCGGCCGCGGACUGAGGCCGCCUUCGCGGCGCUGCUGGAGGCCGAGAAGGAGUUCCCGGGGCUCUGGUCCUCGGACCUCGAGGACCUCGUCAAAGAGCUCAGCGGCGGCAGGGCGGACUUCGUGAGAGGCGACGCGCCCUGGUGCCUCGAGCUCUUGCGGCCAGCUGGGCCUGUGCCCGACCCCGUGCUGGAGAGCGUGAAGUGGUCCACGGGAGGCGGCCGGGCGACCUUGAGGCGGGCCGCCGCGGCGUCGGGCUGCGCCCUGCAUGCGCUGGGCGGCGCGAUCGUGGCGCUCGGGUGCCCCGAGGAGCGGGCACGCGCUCCCGACUACCUGCGGCUGCUGGUGGAGGACAGCCGCGCCGGCUCCGAAGGGCGCGGAUGGUUCGAUACCGACCUCAGGGAGGUGCAGUUCAAGGAUGCGGACGGCAGGCAGAUGACAUUCCGGGCCUCGGAGGCCGGCGCCGUUCAUUUCCUCCUGGACGGCGCGCAGGAGAUGCGCAACCUGGCGGACAUGCGUGCCGCGGGGGACGGCCAGCUCCUGACCUUCGUCGGUGCCAGCUGCUCGGGCGGCGCCCGGCGCUCCGAGACCGUGCCAGCCUGGGGCGCGCUGGCGUGCCAGGUGCUCGGGCUCUGCUACGGCAGGGUCAGCACCCUCGCCAGGCUGCGCGCUUCGGGAGAAGCGGUGUCGGUAGAGGCGCCAGCGGGCAAGUGCUGCUCCGUGGAGCCCAGCGAUCUGCGCAGCGUGGAGGCGGAGACGAAGACGGUGAUCGUGCAGGAGCCCGUGGACCCCGAGGGGGAAUGGGACGCCAAGGCGCCCAGCAAAAUCCACAUCUGCGGCUGCCACGCCGACGGGCGCCGCAGAGCGGUCGAGAGGGUGCAGGGGCUCGUGGAUAGCGCCGCGGAGUGGUGCGUGGCGGAGCUGUCGGGAGUGCAGUCGCCGGCGGACAAGGUCGCCGAGGAGGAACGAGCUCGCGCGAAGAAGCUCGGCUUCAUGCCAGGCCGAUUUUGGCUUUUCUGGAAGGUCGUAGUCCGAGCAGAGGUCGGGGAGGACAGCAAUAUAGUCCAGGAGCUGAGCGCUGGCAAAGCGAUCGAUGUGGAAGAGGUGGUCUUCAAGCCCAAGAAUAAGAACGUCGCGAUGCGCAUCCGAAAGCCUGCAGGCUGGAUAUCGGUGCCGAAGAGGCCAGAAGGCGCAGGAGCGUGGGCGAUGCUCAUGGAGGAGAAGGAGGGCGAGGAGGCGGGGGACGACCUUCCCGCGGCUGCGGACUGGCCAGUGGAGGAGAAGCCUCAAGACGCUCCUGGGAGGUACAUUGUUCUGAAGCGCACGGCGGUGCAGCUAACCGCGAAGGUCGGAAGCCAGAAGUUCGCGACCUUGGAGCCAGGCUGCGACGUCAAGGUUGUGGAGGUGGUAGACAGCACGGAGGACAAGAGGAUCCGCGCGCGGGUUGAGGAGCCUGCGGGAUGGAUCUCCUUGCUCAACACCGAGAGCGGCCAUCGCUGGGCGGAGAGGGUCGAGGAAGAAGAGGCAGUCGGCCCGGCGGACCCUAAGGCGGAGCUGAGGGCCCUCCGCGCCUGGCCGAAGGACAACUACGCCUGGAAGGAGGUUCAGGACGUCGUCUGGAGGGACCACCCAGCGCUGGAAGAGGGCUGGAUCCGAGUGUGGUCGAGAAGCAAGGACUGCGAGUACUACGUGUACCUGUCGGAUGGCAGGUCAACCUUCAACAAGGCGGAGGCUCUGGCAUCAUGAAUGCGCCGCCAGGUGAGAAUCACCGGCACGAAAGAGUCCGCGGCGCAGAAAAUAUGCAUACAUUCGGACGUGCAAUAUUGUCACGCAUUCGGUGCCUUCUCUUUUGAGUGGCGUGAGUAUAGGUGAGCAGAAGCAGAAGCGAGUCUGGGCGGGAUUGAAUCUAACUUCGCGGCUGGACGUGAGUGGUCCUGAGUAUGCACGAGUCUUGCCGUGAGGGGGUCUGAGUAUGAAUUUGUUCUGGUGAAAGUGAGUCGGAGUUCGAAUGAGUCUCAGUUGGACCGAUCAUGCUAGAGUGUCUCAGUAUUUGUAGGUCAGGGUAUGCAUGCGGCUUAAAGUUAUUGCGCAGCUCUUCGAUUUCACGCGUUUCCCGCUCAUGUCAAGAGACCUUUCUGGACGGGUCUGUCGAUGUCAGGCGGCUCUGUGUGCACGCGGGCAGAUUGUCAAAAUGCACCCCGAAGCAACAGGAAUGGAGGCGGAGGUUUCAUGGAAUUGGCGGUCCACGCAAAAGCCCCGCGGACGAUGACAGUGGACCGAGCUUGGUUGCAGUUGGGCAAGGGACUUGCGAGCCAAUUCGACUUGUGCAAAGUGCUUGCAUUAUUCCCGUGUCGCCUACCGAACGGCACUGGAAGGGGUAAUCGAACCUCGGUGCCCCCCAUCCACGCAGGUCGGCGCGGCCUUGUCCAUGGUCUACGUGACAGGGCAGCCCGUCGUCUUCGUUGGCACGGGCCAGAAGUACACGCAUCUGAGAAAGAUGCAGGCCAAGGAGGCGCCGUGGGUUUCGGCGAUGCUGGAAUCCCGCUCGGCCCAUAGCAUCCCGCUUGCCAAGCUCAUUUGUUCCAACUUGUCCUUGAUGUUUACCCACCCCCCAGUUCGCCGGCAAGUGCACCAUCCUUUUUGUUUGUGGAUCUAGCCUGAACGUGUGGCUUUAUUUCGGUCGCCCAGGCCAGGCAGAAGGCUUGCGACUCACAAGUCAGUCAGGCCAAGACUGCAGCUCGGCUCCCAGCACCCGGAUUUGGGAUCUCUUCGCGAUGAAUCGAUUGCGACAUGUAGGUGGGGG